UGAUCGUUGGGUGAAUAAUACACAAGUAUAGUAGUACUAGAUACAAUAAUAAAAAUAAAUAAAUAAAUCUUCAGAAAAUGGGAGAGAUCCGUGACGUGUAGAAAGAGCGCGCGUGGGUGAGGUUCACAAGUUGCGCAUUGUUGAAGUAUCAAAAUGAAAGUGCCAUUUCCCAUGAUAUCACAUCCCUGACGUCAACAAAUUGGUGAAUGACGGACUGAAAUGCAUUAUAGUCCAAUGAUCAACAAUCAGCCAUAGCCUAGUCAAUAGAGAAUAGACUACGUAGAUUUAGGGAGAGGAGAUAAAAAAUAGAGAACAUUAGAUAGCUACUUAUGGACGGAGAGAAGAAGAGGAAGAGAACAGAGAACGGCGAGGCUAACGGCGGCGAUCGGAACAGGCAUGAGAGAGAAAGUGCUGCGAAUGAGGAUAGCGCCGUGUCGCCGCCGCCUUCGGAGGCGGAGGUCGACGAGUUCUUCGCGAUCUUGCGGAGGAUGCAUGUGGCAGUGAAAUAUCUGCAGAAAAGUGGCCAAAAGAGAGUCGUGCCUAAAGGCCGUUUGGACCUCAAUACUCUACCAGAAAACGGAGACUAACGCCGUCUAAUCUUAAGUGAGUGAAGUGCGCCCUUGGUGCAUUUUAACCGGUGAGGGUCCUGGAGGCGUAUCCACUGGACAGGUUAAGCUUUUUCACUACUGUUUGUUGCUCGUAUUACUAAUAACAAGUCUACAAUCUCUCCUUUUUUGGGGAGAAUUAUACCAAUUUGUUAGGUUUAAAUAUUGCAAUUAGCUUUUCUUCUUUAAUUUCUUAUGUAAUAAAACUAAGACUUUUAUGGAAUCAGAUUAUCUAAUUCUAAUUUUAUGCCA